GGAAAGGAAUAAACUUGAAACUUCUAAAGGCUUUACCCAUCCAACUGCUUUCCACCACCUCCUAGAACACCCCCCUCCUCUUUAAAUCUUCUCAUGCUGCUUCAGCUAAAUGACAGCCUAAGAAAACCACCGCCAAGAAGCAGUAGAAACAAUCUCCAACUUGUUUAUCUCUCUGUUCUGUUGAUCUCUGAUCAAUGGCUUUAGCUCGUUUGGCUCUCAAGAACUUGCAGCAGAAGGCGUGUUCUGCUUCUUUGUUGACUCGAAACGCGACUCACGCAAGUCCUUGGGAGAAACAGAGAUGGGCUUCUCAGAUUCUCCGUGGGCUCUCCUCGGCGGCGGAGGAGAAGCCGGACGCCUCCCGGGAGGUGGCGGUGGCUAACGGUGGCAAGAAAUCGAAGCUGUUCCCGAGGAGGAGGAGCAGGAGGGGUCUUUGGAGGAGCAACAACCGUGACUUUGUUCCAUCCCUUUGGGAAUUCUUCCCUUCCGGACUAGGAAAUGCACUGGUUCAAGCGUCGGAGAACCUAAACAGGCUAAUGGAGAACCUCUCGCCCACCCAUUUACUUGGGAGGGCGCAAGAGCACGACGAUUGCUACAAACUGCGCUACAACGUGCCAGGGCUUGGGAAGGAUGACAUCAAAGUAACGGUGGAGGACGGGAUUCUGAGGAUCCGAGGCGAGCACAAGGAAGAGGAGGAGGAUGGUUCCGACGACGAGCACUGGUCAGCAAGAAGCUACGGCUAUUACGAUGCGAGCUUGUUGCUGCCAGAGGACGCUAAGGUUGAUGAGAUAAAGGCCGAGAUCAAGGACGGAGUGUUGAGUAUUGUUAUACCUAAAACAGAGAGGGCGAAGAAGGAUGUUAAAGAAAUUAAAGUUGAGUGAGUUGAAAAUUUGAGACGAUGUGUGGUAAAAAUCAAGAUGUUGGAUGCAAAAAAGCACUGAAUGUAUGUAGCAUGUAAUAAUGUGUGUGUGUGUGUUUAUUGAGUUUGAAAUAAGUGUAAUAGAUUGAGGGGUGUGAUCUUGAAAGCUUUUGUGGCUACUUGAAGCUA